AGGGUCAUCUCUGUCUUUGGGUCCAUCCUGAAGAUGGACUCCACAAAACGGGUAAAGUAUUAAUCACGGAUUAUUUUAAAUACAGCUCUACAUAGAGAUUUGAUCCUUUGUACAUGUAAGGCAUGUUUGGAGCUCACUGAAUUGAUUUGUUUUCCGACAACAGGCAGCCAAAAAACUGGCGGGAGCUGCAGCUGGGACCGCAGCCUGGGUCACCAAUGUGGGCAAUGAGCAUGGACAGGUCCUCAUGUCUGUCAGCGGCUGGAGUGAUCUGGUGGUUUGUCUUGGAAGUGUGGCACUUCAUGCGGCGCUUCGCUGCAGGUCUGCACACUGACAGCCACCUGCUCUAUGGUCUGUUCAUGGCAAAGCUCUCUGCCUGCAUUUUCGUCUGGGAAGAGGGAGAUGUGUCCCUGCUGAGGGAGGCGAAAAGGAGGGAGCUGGAGCAACAGCAGGGCAUCAGAGGCCUCACUGAUGAGCAGCUGACUGGCAGGCUCACCUCCAGACAGCUGGCGCAGCACUGCCGCCGCUGCACACGUGGUGUGGAGGAGACGGAGCAGCUGAUCGGACAGAUGCUGGAGGCCUUCAAGGACGCCAGGGAAACCAUGGGCAUCCCCUUGAUGGACCAGGAGAGGAUGGACGUCAGUCUGCACACUGACAGCCACCCGCUCUAUGGUCUGUUCAUGGCAAAGCUCUCUGCCUGCAUUUUCGUCUGGGACGAGGGAGAUGUGUCCCUGCGGAGGGAGGCGAAAAGGAGGGAGCUGGAGCAACAGCAGGGCAUCAGAGGCCUCACUGAUGAGCAGCUGACUGGCAGGCUCACCUCCAGACAGCUGGCGCAGCACUGCCGCCGCUGCACACGUGGUGUGGAGGAGACGGAGCAGCUGAUCGGACAGAUGCUGGAGGCCUUCAAGGACGCCAGGGAAACCAUGGGCAUCCCCUUGAUGGACCAGGAGAGGAUGGACGUCAUCUGGGACACUCAAAGGCGCCAUCUUCCCUGCAUCCAGGACCCUCCUGGAGUGCAGCUGUACACCCAGACAGGAAGUGUUACAAAGAGAGGGCUCACACUUCCUGUGUACCGCUGCGCUCGGGGGUCCACUGCCCUGGAGUCCUUCCAUAACCACCUCAACCGCUUCAUACAGGGUAAGAUUACACACAUCCACCUCGAGGUGUGCUUUGUGAUAGUCUAUUUCAUGUCAUUUGUAAUUAUAAAUUAGUGUUAAUGUUUCCUUUUUUUAAUCAGGAAUAAGCGCUAACCUGGAAAAUUUCCAGACUUAUCUGCUUGAGGGUUUGGAGCGGUGGAACGAGGACCGCGCUGCUGCUGCCGUCACACAUGAUGCUUCCUUGUCGCUGCGCUGCUACAGUGGCUCGCUCCAGCACAGCCUCAAUGAGCUCAGCCAGCAUCUUCUUGGCUGUAGUCUUGUGCAAGACUACUCCAAGCCAGGACAGUACACAGGUAUGUGUCUAUUAGGGGUGGAUCGGUUCGGUUUGUAUCAUGGUUUUAGAGUCAUGGUUUCGGUAUGGUUCGGUAUGUGCUAUGUUUAGG